CCAACUAAUGGUACAUGGCAACAUCUAAUACAUUGCGCUGUAUAAAAUAAAGGCGGUUAAGUUAGUCUGCAUUUCAACUUUAACUGAACGAGAGAAAACUGUAAAUUAAGAGAAAAGUAAAUAUGCCUAAGUGUCCAUCCUGCAACAAAGAAGUUUACUUUGCCGAGAAGGUAACUUCUCUUGGAAAGGAUUGGCAUCGUCCAUGUUUGAGGUGCGAGAAGUGCAAGAAAACGCUGACGUCAGGUGGCCACGCAGAGCAUGAUGGAAAGCCAUAUUGCAAUAAACCGUGCUACAGUGCACUUUUCGGUCCCGGUGGUUUUGGACGUGGUGGUUCAGAGUCCGUCCAGCUAAUGCAAAAAUCUAAUUACAAAUUCAACCAACUUUACUCGUAUGACGAUAACAAACGCAGCAAAGAGUUGCACAGUAACAAUAUUUACUUAUACACGAUGCCAAAGUGUCCAACUUGUAGUAAAGAAGUUUACUUCGCUGAAAAAGUGACGUCGUUGGGAAAAGACUGGCACCGAGGUUGUCUUAGGUGUGAAAAAUGUAAAAAGACAUUAUCUGCUGGAAGCCAUUCAGAGCAUGACGGAAAACCAUAUUGUAAUAAUCCUUGCUACAGUGCACUUUUCGGUCCCGGUGGUUUUGGACGUGGUGGUGCAGAAUCGCACAAAUAUUAGUGUAUUUUAAAGAUUGGUUUUGUAGCAAAGUAGACAUAACAAAGAAAAAUGA